GCGCACUGAGGCUAGCAGGGGUCAUUUCCACCAGUGCGCUGCGUACUUAACGUAAGACGUGACCUGUAGAGUGGGAGGCGCUCGCUUUGACCUAGUGCAGCGGCCGGAGGAGAAUAUGGCAGCGUUAGGGAGCUUCUCAGUGAAGGUUCGUUCCUUCAGCACCAGUGCUGUCCGGCCAAUUUCCAAGCUGGUCAAGCCCCCUAUUCAGGUGUAUGGCCUGGAGGGUCGCUAUGCCACUGCACUGUAUUCCGCUGCUACAAAGCAGAAGAAGCUGGACCAGGUGGAGAAGGAACUGACCAGAAUAUCGGCACUUAUUAAGGAUCCCAAGUUGUCUGGCGUCAUCACAAACCCACAUGUUAAACGCGCCCUCAAACAGAAGACUGUCGGCGAUAUUAUGGCAAAGGAGAAGCUCUCCCCUCUGACUGUCAACUUUGUCAACCUGCUCGCUGAGAACGGGCGCCUGAGUCAGGCCUCUGAUGUCAUCUCUUCAUUUGCAAAGAUCAUGAGCGCGCACCGGGGGGAAGUCCUGUGCUCCGUCACUACCGCCUCACCCCUGGAUGAAGCCAAUCUGACAGAACUGAAAUCUGCUCUCAACGGCUUCCUGGCAAAGGGGGAGACAUUAAAGCUGGAGACAAAGACUGAUGCAACGAUCCUGGGAGGGAUGAUUGUCAGCGUGGGAGACAAAUACAUUGACAUGUCCACCAAAGCCAAGAUCCAGAAACUGACCAAGAUCAUGAGAGAGACUGUGUAACCGAUAGAGACUGCUCUGUUCUACCCGCUGUAUUCCCGGCAGCGCCACAUCACUAUAAUAAAUAAUUGCCCUGUGUCUAA